UUAAGAAGAUGACUGCGGGAUUGUGGUGUUUUUUGUUCACUUUGUUGCUGGCACAUCGAGGAUCGGCCCAUUUCUUAGACUCACGCUGCUCGAGCCGCAACGUGAACAAGUCACCUUCAUGGGACACACCUUGGAUGGCAGUUAUUGCAUCGCCCACAAGGAAUUGCAGCGGAAUGCUUAUCUAUAAUCAACAUGUCAUAACAUCUGCUAGUUGCGUUUCGGAUCCACGCUAUAGCACCGUUUGGCUGGGAAAUGUUGGCAAUUUACGGGAACAUCAAAGGAGAGGUGUAAAGUACUCCAUUCAAACCGUCUAUACUCACAAACUGUACAACAAACAGUACUUCGAGUAUGAUAUAGCUAUACUCGUGUUGGAGGGUCCUGUGACUUAUCAAAGAAGCAUACUGCCGAUAUGCAUUUCGUUGGAUACAAAAAAAAAGUUAGAAAAUUUGAAAGCCAACCGAUGGGGCUUAUUCGAACAAAGUAUUUUCCCAAGAACAAACACCGUUAGAAUUCUGAAUGUAAGACAGUGUCGCCAGUCAUUCGGAAUAACUAUCAAAAAAUCGCAGAUAUGCGCUGGCUUUAGAAACAGUAGAAAAUGCACGGAGCCAGGAAGUCCUUUGGUACAGGAGAUGACUGUUUCGAAAAAAAUUUGGAACACACUUAUCGGAAUUCAGAGCGGUGGCAGUUUGCAGACAUGUAUAUACAAUAAAAUCUCGAACUACAUUGACUGGAUUGUGGGAAUCGUGCUGAGUGUAGAUAUUAUACUCCCCACCAAUUCUAGCAAUUUUGUAAACCUCUAAACAAAUUACAAUUUUUAAUGUAUCCUAGAUAUAUGUAGGUACCACCUUAAUAUAAGU